GGGAUGCGCCGGUCCUGUUGUCGAACGCCAUCAUGGCGGGUGUGAUGCCCAGGGAGUCGCCAAGGUGGUGGGUGAAAAGGACCGGGGGGACAUGGAGGGACCUCAGGUCCUCAGCAUCGCCGACGAUGCAAACAACGAGUACUUCCAUGACAAACUGCGUAUGACGCGGACGGUGUUCAAUGACAUUGUGGCGGCGUGCAGUCCUUUCCUUCAACGCAGACUGACUCACUAUCGGAAGCCUUUGCAGCCCGACCAUAUCGUGGCGUACGCACUGUACCGAUGGGCGCCCGGGGAGACUUUCGAAAGCAGCACUUCGUCGUUCGGCAUAGGGAGGUCGUCGAGCAUCAAGGCUGUCCAAGACGUAACAAAUGCCAUUUUGGCCGCAUUUCCGGAGAAGAUUGCAAUUCCAAGUGGUCGUCGUCUCCUACAGGUCAUGCGAGCUUUCAGCAGGAAAGGUUUUCCGAAUUGCUUCGGCGCCAUCGACUGCACCCACAUUUAUGUGGACAAGCCUGCCAAUGUGCCAUCCGAAAAAUACUUUGAUCGAAAGCAGCAAUUCUCCGUCGUGGCGCAGGUUGUAGUCGACCUGGACAUGCGGGUUAUCGACAUCUUUGUCGGUUAUCCGGGGUGUGUCCACGACCAGCGCGUGCUGCGAAACUCCUCUCUCAUCAGGCGAGCAGAGGCGGGAGAGAUCUUCAACGCGGACCCGAUCGUCCUCCCAGGAGGGGUGAGGACAACGGGGUACCUGCUGGGGGACAAUGGUUACGCCCCGCGGACGUGGAUUGUCGUUUCGUACGGGGGCUCGGAGCAGGCGGGGGACGUCGCUCAGUUUGACACGCGGCAGAAGACCACGAGGGGGGUCGUCGAGAGAGCGUUUGGGCGCCUCAAGGGGAUGUGGAGGUUGUUCCUUCGUCAUCACAAGACGAACAUGAAUAACCUUCCGCAACAAUUCGUUGCCGUGUGCAUGAUCCACAACCUCCUGCUUGAGGACGGGGUUGCUUUCGACGAGGGCCUUUUCGUAGACCGCGAUGGGGACAGGAACCCCAUCCCCAUAGACCUCGGUUUGCAGGAUUUGUCGCAUCUUGCCUCCCAGGCAAACGCCACGGAGGCUGCCCUCGCUUUGUGUGACGGUCUCCGCAUGCUCAACGAAUAGGAAGUUCUCGAAAGCAUCGUUAGGGUUGUGUGUGUACGUGUGUGUGUGUGUAGGAGGGGGGGGGGUCGAGAAUAUUUUUGCGGUAGACUGUGCGAGUGCGAUGUGGGUGUUAAGACAUUGGUGGAAACGUUUCGUUACUAGUGAAUUGUGUUUUGUGUUCGUCAUACUCGUUCUUGCACCUUUUCUUUCAAUCCAUUUCGCGCAUGUUCUUUUGAUCUCUUUGAACACUGUUUCUCACAAUGGCGGAUUGUCAGUCAUGAUGCUUGGUCCCUUUUGAAAUGAUUAAUUGUGUUUGUUGCCCUGAGGUUGUCAAUUUGCUGUGCGUACGUGUUUUUGUUAUUUACCAAACGAAUCCUAUUAUUUCAUGUUUUGGUGUACACAUGCUUUUUGUGAUGUCUUUGCCAGGAGUUAAUGGAUAUAGCAAGAAAACAUGUAAAAGAGCGAAGACAUAAAAAGCACAUAACGAUUACAAUGAAUACCGAAAGCGAGA